AUGCCGUCCAACAAAUGUUCUGUGUUAGGCUGUAAUAGUAGUUCAAAUGUUAAAAAACAUGUGUUUCCGUUGGAUGAUGAUGAUUUUAAGAUGUGGAUUUUAAGAACUGGGAAUGAGAAGUUGGUGAAUCUUUCAAAGCCUUAUAUUAGAAAAACGUAUUUGGUUUGUACUGAACAUUUUAGUUGUACUAGCUACAGCCCUGGUACUUCACGAUUGAAGAAACAUUCAUUACCGAGUUUAAAUUUACCAACUAUACUUCCUUCUGUCUGUCCUGUAAACAAAUCAACUGACAUUACAAUGGAUGAAUCUAUGAAUCUAAUUAAUGAUAGCUGCUCAUCACCUCUGGCGUUACCUUUACUUAAUGUAUCUCAAGGUAAGAAUUAA